GGAACUGACACAGAAUAACGAGCCAAAGCGAAGAUUGCAUGACACUAGUUUCGAAGUCACAGAGAUAACAAGAAAGUCUCUAAAAUUUGAUGAACAAGAUGACCCCUUACUGGACUCGGACAGUGCAAGUGGCAUUGAACAGAAAGACGUUACUUUGAUUGUCACACAGCCUUUUAUUCCCACCGCCACCGUUCAACCAGGACAAGCGUCACAAGCCUUAACGAGCAAUAUUGAUUUGUGCCCGAUAUUUAUGUCCACGCCUAAGAAAGCGCCAGUGAACAAAAAAACUGAUGAGAGCAGGGUUACUAUCUCU